CAUCACUACCUGCUUGAUGCCAGCUUUUGUGUCUGAUGCCUUUUUUAAGGUAUUUGGGAGAGUGUUUUCUAGAGAUGGUCUGGCAUGGGCCCUAACACAGAUCACUGCAGCAGUCCUAGAGGAUUUGUUGAUUUGAUUGCAUGCAUGAGGGAGAGUGGAAUAGAGGCGGGAGCGGGGAUUAUUGAGGCUUAGGGCUUACAGUGCUUUGCUCUGUCUUUCUCCUCUGUGCUACGCUUGCUGGUGUAUUGAGAGAACAUGAUAGAUGGCUCUGUCUGGCGAGCUGAUGGCCAUUAAGUCACUAGACAGUUGGUGUGUCAGUGACAGAUUUCUUGGACUCAGUUUAAGUGGGCGAGUGUGGAAGAUCUAAGGUGCCAUGAGGGAUCCAUGUCGCAUAUGUGGUGUCCGUUUGGUGGGAAGCCAGUGUCGCUGGAUUUUCAGCUCAUCGGGAAAGAGGAAGCUACAAGUCAUCCUGUCCCAUGUGCUGGGGAGAGAGGUGACUCGUGACGGGCAUGGAGAGUUCCUCUGUGGAAAAUGUGUGUUCCGGUUGGAGAAGGUUGUGCAGUUUGAUAUAAACAUCGGCAAACUGCAGGAGGAACAUGGCAAUCAGAUCCAAAAGCUGCAAGCAGAGAAGGAACACCUUAUCCAGUGCAUCGUGCACAUCUACAACAAAAACAACCCAGAGAGCAGUGAGAGGGAAAAUGCAAGCUCCAAGGCUUUGCUCAGUUCUUCUGGGGUCCGCAGUCCUGAUGAUGAAGCUGCAUGUCAGGUGGCUCAUGAAGGACUGCAGUUCCGGGAAAGUUGUUAUGUGGAGAAUCGCAUGAGAAGGUGUGUGAGUCUGGAUAGGAUUGUCAGUAAAGGGGCAUUCUCUGGACGUUUGAGCUCAAGGAGCAGUAGGCUGGGAUCAGGGGCGGGGCUGGAAAGCACUAUGAGAAGUUUUGGGCUCCGGGGGACACGCCACCGUUCUCAAAGUAUGUACCUUGACCUGAUUCAGCGUAAGGGAACCUUGGCUAGACCCGGAUUCAGCCGCCGCUCCACAUCACUGCAGUCACUGAAUCGAGAGCUUUCCUCAGACACCCCGACAGAUCCUCCGCUCAAACGAAAACUGAGAGAGGCCAGGGUGUUUUUUGCAAGGUAUGGGGCCACUGAUGACUCGGGAGGAAAGGCUCAGGCCAGAGCACUGCUCCAAAGAUCCUCAAGUCAACCUUCGGUGAUCUCUGACCUGAUUCAGGUCCUGCGCUGCAUCUCAAAGCAGCAGGUGUCUGCCCCAGCAGGAUGUCACAUCCCUGUCUUGAAGAGGUUAAAUGCUGGCUCUGUCAGCACCCGAGCCAAGCGCAAACAUAGAGAAGUAGAUCUGAAGUCUCUGCAUGACCUUUCAGAGGAAUUUGAUGAUGAAUACACUCCUGUCAGAGUGAAGAAGAAGAGUGAUGUUAAUCAGUUGGAGUCGAUCAAUAAGCUGCUGACGGAGGAGCUGAACCUGGUUAAAAGCACCAGUGAGAGUCUGGCAAAAACCCUGGAAGAUUCCCAGAAUCAGAACAAGACCCUGUCAGUGAAGUUAGAGGAGAAGGAGAAUGAACUAAACUCUGAGAAGAAAAAUGCUCUAAAGCGAGAUAAAACCAUCCAGGGACUCACUCAGGUCCUCAGAGAAAAGGAAAAAGAGAUUGCUGAGCUGUGUCAUGAGAUUGAGGACAGAGAUGAUGCUUUAGCCAAAGCUAGAGAUGCAGCACAUAAAGCCCAACUGCAGAAAUACCAGGGAGCAGAGGAACACCAAAACCUAUUAAUGGAAAAGCAAACAGAGCUGGCCCAAUUACAGGGGGAACACCACACCAAGGUGCUUGAAGCCCAAAAACUGCAGCGAGCACUGGAUAGGAAGGAGCAAGAGCUGGCUGACUUACAGCAGGCAAAGGAUCAGCUUGAGGUGGAGUUGGAGGACCUGCAACAACAGAAAAAGAAAGGAGACAAAGCGCUUAAUGAUUUAAACAAUCAGCUCAAAAAGCUGAGUGGGGAGAUCGGGGAAAGGGAGAGUGCUCUGGAGCAGCAGUACCAAGAGCUGCUGGACCAAACCAAAACAAAGUUGCAGGCCCAUGAGGUCACCAUCCAGCGUCUCACAUCCACCUUGGCUGAUAAAGAGCAGCAGCUACAGGAAUUCAUGAACAUGGUCAGAGACUUUGAGCAGAGCAAAAGUCCAGGAGGUAACGACAGUAUUCUCUCCAAACUGCGGCAAAGGUUGAAAGAAAAGGAGAAGGCUUUGGAGCAAGCACUUGAUGAGAAAUUUGCUGCUAUUGAAGAAAAAGACAAUGAGAUUCACCACCUGCAGCUGUUACUAAGGGAAAAAGAAAGAGACCUAGAAAGACUCAACAACUUGCUGUCUCAUAAUGAAGAAACUAUCAAUAAUUUUGACAGUCUGAUUAAGGAGAAGGAUGCAGAGCUGCAGCAUCUUGCAAGUACCCUAAAGAACCUACAAAGAGCCAAGCAAGAUGUGGAAGACAACCUGAACAGAUCACUGAGGGAGAAGGACUCCAUCAUUAGCCAGCUGCAGCUCUCCCUGGAGGGCAAGACAAAGGAUAUGGAGCAAAUGGCUGAAUCAUUGCUGAACCAGUCACAGAGCCAUGCGCGUGAUCUGGCUGAACAGAUGGGCCAAAGGUUAAAGGUCACAGAAGCCAUGCUGGCUGAGGCUGUCAAGGCCAGGGAAAGACUGGUUGCUGACAAUGAGAGUGCUGUAGAAAGCCUGUUUGCUACAAUUAGCAGCAAAGACCAACUUCUGAAGGAGUCUGCAGAGCACUACAAUCGCAUGUUUUCUGAGCGCGCUCAGGAGAUUCAGGAGCUGAAGAAGCAGCUGUCUGAUAGACAGCAGGAGCUUGCCACUGCUGAGAAGCAAAGCUCCUCAACAGCCCAGGAGAGUUAUUUAGAGACCGCGCAGCUCAAAGCCCUGCUUGCUGAAAAAGACAGCCUUAUUAACAAGCUUCUUCAGCGUGGUCAGGAGAGAGACCAGUUUCUGGCAGAGAUGAGGCAGAAAGCAGAGCCAGAUCAAGUGUUGGAGCUCAGACAAACUAUUCAGAUCAUGCAAGAGAAGUUGGACGAGAGGGAAGCUGAGCUGUCCAGGAGAAACAGCGAGGAUAGCCAGGAGAACAACCCACUUUCCAAGAAAACAGUGGUCGUCCUGAAGAAGGAGCUGGCACAGAAAACUGAAGCACUGAACAAAGCACUGAAAAGGGAAAAUGAACUGAAGAUUUCAUUGGCUGAGCUUCAGUCGGCGCUAUCUGAGCUGGAGGGUCACAGUGAAGGUCAGGCUGCUAAUAUUGAGUCCCUCACUGCAACUCUAAAGACCAAGGAUGAGAUUAUCAGUGUUCUCCAGCAGCGCCUCAGUCAGAGAGGCCACACACGGCCUGAUCAUACCCAGGAUCACGUCAUUGUCUGUGGAAUGGAGAGCUCCCUGCCUGUGCUUCCACAGAGAGAGAGUACCAUGAUCGGUGGAGACAGCCAGCAGGAAGCCUUGCCCAACCUCACAGCUUUGCAACAUGAGCACGAUGCUCUGAACAGAGCCCUGAGGGCUGAACAGCAGCUCUAUUCCAGCCUGGUAAAGACUGUGAAGGAGCAAGACAGUGCCCAGCGUCUCCAUGCUCUACAGUUGGAGCUGACGGCAGUGCAGCUUCUCAGGCAGCAGCUAGAAGAGAGCAUCAGAACUAAUGAGGAGUUAAGGGGUGACUUGGAGAGAGAGAUACACAGAGCCAAACUCAGAGAAGGUAUGGACCUGAUUAAUCCUAAAGAGCUAGAGAGCAUGAGACAUCAGCUUGAAGAUGCCCAGCGUUGGAAUGCAUCUCUGCAGGCACGCUUAGGAGCAAUUCAGAACCGUGGAGGAGGGGUUGGUGGAGCCAACGAUGGAGGCGACUCUUUGAGUUUCAUUGGAGAUCAGACUUCCUACAUGAGUAUCUGUGUAGGAGAGGGACUGGAUGACAGCUUGUCUCAUCUGUCUGCUCAGGAGCUUAAACAGAAGGUGCUUGAGCUGCAAGACCAUGUCAGCAGGCUGCAGACCUUAAACAGUGAACUGCAGAGCCAACUUUCACAAAUUGAGAAGUCAGAGCGUGACACUGAUGACAAAGAAGACAAAGACCGCAAAAAGCAGCUGCAAAGAGACGAGCAGCUCAAGAAGACGCUUGAGAAGCAGCCUCUAGUUCAAAGUAACAAGACACAUCUCCCUGGUCAGGACAAAGAGAGCCAGACAUGCAGUAAACUAGGACAGAUGUUGUCAGAAAAGCUUUUGGAUGAUGUGAGCAUGGACAGUGGCCUCAGCCAGAGUAGAGAGCGUGCUCACUCUAGCAGCGACAUCUUGGACACUGGGGAGGAAUAUUCUAGGGAGAUGAACACAGAUUUAAUGGCACUUAAAUCCCUAUUAGCUGAUUGUGGGUCAACAUCUGUCUCGCACCUUAGAGCAGAAAUGCUCAGGCUCAGAUCAGAAAAUGAUGAGCUGCGGGGUCUCCUGAAGGAACAGAAAUCGUCUGAGUACAAAGAAAAAGAGAGCACCGAUGCCUCAGGGAACAGCAGUGAGGGACAGGCUGAGUUGAGGAAGAGUUUGGAAGCACUGGACACAGAAGAUGCAAAGGUCACCAAACUGUCAAAGAAGAAGGGAGGGAAGAAGUGGAAUGAGAUUUCGGACAGGGAGAGUCCCAUUACCAAUGUCAGCACUGCAGAUGACGAGGAGAGUCCAAGAACUAAUUGCCAGCCACACAGCAACAGUGAAAAAAAGCAUUUUGCAAAACAUAGGUCUGGAGGCAGAUCUCGCCUUCCUGUGCCUGUGAGGCUGAGGGUGGAGUCUAACAGCAGCAGCAGGAAGCCUGGAAGCUCUGAGCAGCUCAAAACUGAUGGACUUCAGCACCUUGAUUCAGAUGAUGUCUACUGGUCUGACCAGCAUGUACACACAGACUCUGACACUCACACAUCACUCCAGCACAGCACUUCCCCUUCCGCCACCCUUGGAUACCCUAAUCGUAGCUGUAGUCCAGUGGGAUCCGACAAGGGCUCUGAAGCCAGAGCAUCACUGGAUCACACCCAAGAUGAUUCUGCACUAUAUACUCAGCUGGAACUUCUCCACCAGGAGUGCCAGGAGAAAGAAGCACUGAUCAACAAGCUGAGUGAGCAGCUUGCUGAUUGGGAAGAACUUCAUGCACAGCUCCGGGAGAAAGACAGACUGAACUCCCAGUACGUAGAGGCUUUACAGGCAGCAGAAUCUACCAUCGCUUAUCUGACUGCCUGCAGUCUGGACAGCCAGGGUGGAUUUGGUUCACACACAGGUUCUGGUUCUGUGGGUUCUGACGCGUCUCUCCAUGGUAGAUGCGUUGAGCUGCAGAAAGCCUUGCAGCAGAAAGAGGAGUUCAACAACCAGCUCAUCGAGCUUCUGAAUUUGGCAGAGAAAGUCAUCAGCUCUGCAGAAAGCCAAGAAAAGAAUCCUGAAAUCAGCGAACUUUGUCAAAGGAUUGAGGGAGCUUUGCAGCAGCUGCAUAGCUCUCCAAAGGAAGAAAGCACCAGAGGGGUGCUUCAAGGUACUGACGACUCUCUGCAUGAGCUGCAGCGUCAUGCAGACUCUUUGCAAGAAGCACUUUGGGAGCAGAAUAGGCUCAAUGCAGAGCUGCAAGAAAAACUGAGGGCCACAAAUGCUACUGCACAACAUGGAUACACCAGUGACAGAGUAGCAGCAGAGUCACUUAAAGAAAAUGAGGCAAAGGAACACCACGGUCCUGAUACUAGUUUAAAUCAAGAGGCGAUUGACGUUCUAAGGAACUGCUUUAGCGCAACAGAGUCCGCUGUUGCCUCUUUAGCAGCACACUGCACAAAUUCUGGCUCCGUGACUGCUGGCAGAUCCCAGAUCAGCUCUGACUUGCAGAUAAAUUUAGACAAACUUCAGAGAGCCCUCCAAGAGCGGGAGCAACUUGGAGAACCUGCCCCACCAAUCUCCGAACCCAGCAACAACCUGUCUACUGCUUCAACUGGAACAAAGGUACUAGAGCUUCAUCGCCAUCUCUGUCUUCUCUAUGAGGUCUUCAGUGAUUACUCUCAGAGGAUAUCUGAGCUCCAGGCUUCCCUGCAAGAAGAGAGGAGUCACAAAAUGGAGAGGGAAGCCCACAGGGCAGUGCAGGACGGCAAAGGGUUACCGCCAAGUGUUCAGGUUGAACUGGAAACACUGCACAAAGCACUGAGGGAGAAGAAGAAGGCAUGUAAAAGCCUGGAGGCGAAACUGGCCACUGCUCUUACCAGUACAUCCUCUCCUGAAAUGAUAAAGAAAGCUCCUGAGCAGGAUGACAAAGGCGUGCAGGUGGAUUUGCAGGACCUGGGUUACGAAACCAGUGGCAAGAGUGAGAACGAUAGGGAAGAGAGCAGUAGCACAGAUUUAGAGGUUGGGGUAAACCCUAGUUGCAGUGGCUCCAGCCUGCCUUCCCUGUUGAAACAUGAACAGGCCAAUUUCUCCUCUACUGAAAAUUUGGACUCAACCUCCAGCACCCCGUACCCUAGUUCCCCAGCUCUCAGCUCAGCCAAGGUGAGUCUGAAAGGUCUGCAGGUCUAUAGUGAGUAUGGUGUUUCUGAGGACCCACUGCAGCUUCAGGGACAAGUCAGAGAGCUCAAGGUCCAGCUGGAAAACCAGACAAAACUAAUCCUCCAAAUGCAGAGCCUUCUGAGUAGGAACUCCCUCUCCAGUGACUUGGUCAACAACACCUCAGACCCGUCUGUGAUCAAGGACCAAGAGGGUGCACAGAAAGACGACCGUAGUCAAGAUGGCAGCCACAGAAGUGGGCAGCUAAGGGGGAAGAAGGCUGGGGAGAACCAGGCAAUUAAGGAUAAAAGCAGCCGGGUAAAUAUGGAGCUGGAAGGAGAGAGGAGGCUGAACAGAAGCAUCAGUGAACAACUACAGCCAUCCCGCAGCCGCUCCACAUCACCUGCUAGCCUGGACUCCCUUGUGAAGUCACAGGCCCGAGAGCUCUCGCAGCUGAGGCAGCAGAUCAAGGAGAGCCGCAGGCUGGGAGCCCUGCACCGGCGGCAGCUGGAAGAGCUGAACCAGGCCUUCAAAGAGCUGCUGCAGGCUGAAAAGGUCGACUGCUACAUGGGAGAGGUGGUUAAAGAGCAGCUGGACAAGAGCCUGAGCAUUCUGGACAGGCUGGAGGGACGGCUGGACAAAGGAGAGACUCAUCUGGAUAAUGAGGAUGUGCCAGCUCUUGAAUUGUCUCGCAGGUUGGCUAAAGAGCUGCAGGAGAAGAACCGUCUCAUCCAGAGCCUGCAGAGCCAGAUUAGACGCCAGAGUCUCAGCAGCCACCACAGCUCUCAGUCUGAUCUGUCCCACUCAGACAGGACUUCUUCCUCCUGCCACAGCAGCCCAACCACACAAGGUGGCAAUCGAACCCACAGUCAACAACUACACUCUGAUUGGACAGGUGCAACUGUGUCACCUGUAGGAGGAGCUCAGGACGAAGGUGUGUCCGGUCACAGAGAUGCUGGUGGCAGACUGCAGGGCCUGCAGAGGGAGAACGGGCGGCUGCAGGAGCAGCUGAGGAGCAGCGAGGAGCUUAACGCCACCCUACGCAGCGAACUGGACCUGCAUCGCUCUAUCAUGGCCCAGACCACCUCCCAUCAUCAGGAGCAGGAACAAGGGCACGACCAGGAGGGCUCAGGGCCUCAAACAAAGGCACAGAAACAAGAUGGAGACACGAGCGCACAAAGGAAUGCUGGAGAACAGCCUCAUACGAUGAAUUCAGACCUGCUGGCAGAGCAUCUACAGGAGAUCAGAGCUUUGCGACAACGACUGGAGGAAAGUAUUCGCACCAACGACCGUCUCAGGGAGCAGCUGGAGAGGAGACUAGCUGAAGUGGAAAAAGACCCAGCAGCCACCAACAUCUUCAUCCACGGCAACGAGGAGCAGGGUCAGCUGACUCAGGAGGUGCGAUUCCUCUGGGGACAAAACCAAACUCUGAAGGAACAGCUCAGCAUGGCAUCCAGAGACAAGCAGAAGGAGAAUGAGAAGCUCCGGGAGACCCUGGCCAGGCGGACGGCCAAACUGGAGCAGAGCAGGAGGGAGUGUGAAGCUCUGAGGCAGGAAAACGGCCAACUGCAGGAGCGACUGGAGCACAGCAGCCGGGAAAACUCCCAGCUGCAGGAUUCACUGCACCGCAGCAGGGAGGAGCUGCACAGGUUGCAGUGCGAGGUGAAGCUCCAAAGGCAGCAGCUGUCUGACUCCCAGCAUCUCCUCCAGACACUGCGGGUGGAGCUGCAAGUUUACGAAAAAAUAAAGAGCGAGUCUAACAAACACAACGAAUCCAGCGAGGUGGCCCAGGAGCCGUCCACUCACACUUCCUCCGGCUCUGUGGACCUGGGCGAGCUGCUGUCAGAGAUCAGACACUUGAGGCUUCAGCUGGAGAGGAGCAUCCAGACCAACACGGCUCUGCGGCAGAGACUGGAGGAGCAGCUGCUCAGAGGACCCGGCCGCUCUGAAACCAUCAACAUUAACUACCUGCUGUCCUCUCCAGAUGAAGGGGGCAGGUCGCCGGGCCGAGAAGGCUGUGACACUGUCCAUCACUCGUUUCAGACUCACAGAGAACACACCAGCGUCCACCACGAUGUGAGAUAUCAAUCUCUCUCAGAGGUGGAUGGUGGCUCGGUCAGCAGCAGCUCUGGGGACAGCGUUUCCGGUGCUCCCUCUCGGCUGGUGCCGGGUCACCGGAUGUGGGCGAGCCGCAAUGGGCGCCACAUUUUGGGCUUGAUUGAAGACUACAACGCGCUCCGCAAGCAGAUCUCAGAGGGCCGGAAGCUGUCACGCAGUAUGGACACGCAACUGCAGGAGUGUCUGCACAUGCUUCAACAGCAGGGCUGUGACAACAAGGUGAUUGAACAGCAGCAUCUGAAGAGUUUAUCCUGCAGCAUUAACACCGUGCACCAGGUGCUGGAGGAGGCUGGCCGACUGCUCAAACUGGUGUGGAGAGUAUCUUUGCCAGUUGGGAACACAGCAAGAGACAGCUGCAACAACCAGCAGGAUGAGCUGCUGAGAAAUGAGAUAGCCCGACUGAAGAGCCGGCUGUCCCAGCAGGAGAGGAUGCUGAGCGGAGCAAUCAAGCGUCUCCGCACCACCAACCAGCUCAAAGAGGGAAUGGAGAGAGUCAUCAUCGAUCAGUUGUCUCUGACCCAUGGAGUGUUGAAGAAAGCCAGGGGGAAUUUAGAGACAAAUUACUGUACCCAGUUUGGCCUGAAAGGCCUGUCUGGAGGACCAGACGAAGGAAGUCCCAGUCAAUGGCCAGUAGUAGACACUACAGACCCUCAGCCUGAGCAGACGAAUGCCCCAGUUUCCAGACGGACUUCAGCGAGGCACUCUGAAUCCUCGGAGGAUCCCAACAGCGACAACUCUUUGCAAUGCAGCUACUAAAGGUGCCAGCAAAGCACCCACACAGCAGCUUCCCAGUCUGCAUCCUGCCUUUCCGUCCUGCUGUAAAACUGUCACCUUAACCUUAGAAAGCUAAGCUUUUCCUACCUUAUUGCACAUGCCCUGCCUUUACUUUGAUUUCUAUAAAAAGGUACUGAAGUUGUAAAAGUUUUCUUUAAAAGCAAGAGUAUGCCUCUGUAAAUAAUAAUCUGUGCGAUUCAGAUAUUUUCCUUUUAUUCGUUUUAUAUGACGCAUACGACAACAUGACUGUAUUUUAUUACUGACUUCCAGUUUUUACUUGUUGUCGUCGUCGUCAUCUGUCAGUUUAUGUACAGGAUUGUUUAGAUCAACUGUGUUCUAGCAAGUAUGUGCAAAUGCAGUAAAAUAAACUGAAUGCUGAAGCCUUCGA